UUUUGGUGAGGAGGUGUAAAAGUCUUGUGUUUUAUUUUUGUUGUGAUUUUUUUAAUUAGAUAUGUGUUUAUAUCUUGACGCAGUGAGUAAAUAUGAACGUGGAAUCAUUAUGGUAAUAUAGCAUAUUACCUAUAAGGUAAAUGAAAAGUGCAAAUCUAACAAAUAUUUCUUCAUUGGCCUCGUUCAGUCGUAGUAAUUUCAAAAUGGCGACUUCUGACGAUGAACCCAUGCACUUGUAUGAGGUUUUCCAAAAUUGUUUUAAUAAAAUAGCAAACAAACAACCCACACCCGAUAAAGUCGGGUUUACUUCUACGUAUGGAAAUAUGGAUAAUGGCAUGUACGUUGCGGAUGAAUUUGGACAUGACUUACCUAGAUAUACUGGUUCAAAAACAUCCGACGGAUUGUAUCCAGAAACUUAUUAUCAAGAUCCAACAAGCGCUUCUUGGUCCCCAUACGGUUCUACUCCGAGUGGAUACGUUCAAACACUGACGCCUUCAGGACCUCACGGCGCAUCCGGCACCUAUCUGCCAUCCCAUGGGCAGCUUUCACAGGAUCCUUAUGCGCUAUCACCAGCUCAAGUCGAAGGCCAUAUGACCCCAAAUCAAACUUUACCCCCCAUGAGUACAUUCCGAGGGCAAACUAAUCAAAGUCAAGGACAGGUUUCUCCGGCAAUAUUUACUGGUCAGCAUAGUCCAGCGAUGGCAGGACCAUCAUUGAAUCAUAAUCAGCCUGAUACUUUUGUAGGGAAAGCUAUGCAAACUAUAUACCCAACUGAACAGAGUAUAAGUAGCUACAGUUCGAAUCCUUCUACUCCUGUAAAUUCUCCUCCGCCCUUACACAACACAUCUACGUGGCAGCACUUAUUAACAAGCCCCAAUAAUAAUUUGCAAGGAAUUCCCGGUUUGAAUCAGCAAAUGAAUGGAGUAGCAGGGUCAUCCAUCAUUGGCCAUCCUAAUGGUUUUCAUACUGAUUUAGCUGGCAAUUUGCACAAUAUGGGAACACGAAUGGAAGAGCGUCUGGAUGAUGCAAUUAAUGUACUGAGAAAUCAUGCAGAAUCCCAAUUAAGUAUGGCUGGCACGAGUGGAGCAGGACCUUUUGCAACUGAAAAAUUACCUUCUUUGGAUGGAUCAUAUCCUCUGCAUGACAGCAGUUCAAGUGAUGUUUUAGUUAAAUUAGAAAGACCAGCAGGGGGAACGAGAAAACGUAAAGAGCCACCAGACUCUGAUACAAAACCUAGUAGUUCAAUGGAAUCUCAAGGAGGUCAAUCCAAAAAUACUAAAAGAUCUCGUAGGUAUUGUUCGAGUGCAGAUGAAGGUGAUGAUGGAGAUCCAGCCAAUAAAGCAGCUCGGGAAAAGGAAAGAAGGCAAGCUAAUAAUGUGCGUGAACGCAUACGCAUACGUGAUAUUAAUGAAGCCCUUAAGGAAUUAGGUCGAAUGUGUAUGACUCAUUUGAAAUCUGAUAAACCUCAAACGAAACUAGGAAUUUUGAAUAUGGCUGUGGAAGUAAUUAUGACCUUAGAGCAGCAGGUUCGCGAGCGCAACUUGAAUCCCAAAGCGGCUUGUUUGAAACGAAGAGAGGAAGAAAAGGCAGAAGAUGGGCCUAAACUGCCUCCACCUCAUCACCUUUUGCCCCAGCCACCAUACCCUGCGCCCCCUCAAUAGCCCUGAUUCCUCAAGUUAAUGUGUCAAAACAGAAAGUGCCUGACUUCAAAACUGUGUGAGUGAGUUGUUCACAAAAACACCUAUUUGGAUGGGAAGAUUAUAAAUAAAUUUAUAUUAUAUCUAUAUUGAAUUAUAUUUAAGCGGAAUGAAGGAAUCCUCAAUAGGUUUUUUAAUUACCGUAAAGUAUUGUGAAAAUAUUAAUAUUAUUAUGAUGCAGAAUUUUCUAUUAGCAGUCAAAUGUUGUGGAGAUCUGUUUCUACCAUAUAUAAAAUGAUGUGCUCAAGGGCAUGGACAUGUUUGGUGUUACCGAUCUAAUGUUAACUAGCUUUCCAUUAGAAUGAAGGCAAAUCUUUUCUAGAUGUGUAUUUUCUUAUAUUCUGACUAAAUACAAGAGCUACAAAAAUUUGAGAUAUGUUCACACCAUUUAAGGCACUUGUUAAUAGCCCAUCAAAUUGUAUAUAUAAAAAGUGUUCAAAACUGCGACCAGUGGUACUAUAAAUAUAAUUUAUGUAACGAGUUCAUACUGAGCAUUAACAUCGAGUAUGUCUAAUAAAGGAAACCAUUAAAAUAUAUAGCAGCAAUAUAUGCAGCUUCAUUAUUUUAAUUUAAAUAGUAUUAAUUCACUAGGGUGGAUCAUUUAGAUAUAGGUAUAUUUGAAAUGCUGCUAAUAGGAGCAACUUUGCAUGAUGUAGGUUGAAGAUUAGAUAUUGUGCCACGAAUUAUACAAUGCAUUUUAAAAAUUUUUGAUAGCUAUGGCCUAAACCUUUUUAAGCGAAGGCCGAUACUUCGAUGAUGUAAAAGUUUAACUGUGAUCUGAAUUUAUGGACAAUGUUAUUGCUCAAUAUGGACAAUUGUAUUAUUUUAUUUGGCCAU